AAUGUCCGCCUCCGGUUUGAACUAUUACUUGGGAUAGAUUUAAAUGGAAAAAUAUCUUCUGCAGGUUUGAAAGCUGGAUCAGUUUGCACCUCGAAUGAUGAUUGUGGGGAAAACAUGAAAUGCGAGAAAAACAUGUGCGGUUGCACCUACUGCUACGAGUCUGUUGAUGAAAAGUGCGAAGUUUCAGAUAAAAAGGUGCUUGUCCUAGGCGCGGGCAUGGCAGGUAUUAUGGCGGCCAAGACAUUAGGAGAAAGUGGUUGCUCAAAUGUCCAAAUUUUGGAAGCGACUAACAGGACUGGUGGGCGCAUACAAUCUGUCAACAUUAGUGGGUACAUGAUGGAACUAGGUGCACAAUGGAUAUAUGGUCUUGGCUCAAAUCCUAUCGCUGCGCUGGCCGACCAAUAUGGAUUUGAAAUUGUUGAGGAAUUCGAUACCUGGGUUGUUCGGGACAAGUUUGGGAAUAAUGUUACAGCAAAGGCGGACAAUGACUGGUACCAUAUUGUAGAUGUAUUGGAAAAAGUUAGAAGAUUUUCACGUAAACUGCACAGAGAUGGCGAACCGGACAUUACUGCCGAAGCGUUACUGCGCAAGUUUGGUUGGAAUCCAGUUGAUAAUGUGGCUGAAGCAGUAGAAGUUUACCAACUUGAUGUUGAAAAUGGACGAGAAACGCCUUCGGUUUCCGGAAAAUAUUUGAAUAAUCUACGUGUGUUUGAAGAGCACGGCAGCGAUGAUUGGAUGAUCUCCAGUGACCCUAGAGGUUAUUCUUAUAUUAUAGAUGAACUGGUAAGAAGUUUUCGAGAUGGUCAACGCAUAUUGUUUAACAAGAAGGUUACCAGUAUUGAAAACUGGGAUGACGAAAAUACACUGGUGGAAGUGUACACUGAGGAUGGCUCCAGGUAUGAGGCUGAUGACGUCAUUAUUACAUUCAGCCUUGGUGUACUGCAAUCUAGACAAGUUAACUUCGAACCACCUCUAUCAGGAAAGAAAAUGAUGGCUAUUGACAAGUUUGGUUUCGGAAAAUACACUCAAAUGUAUUUCCAAUUUUCAUCUGCCUUUUGGGAUAACACGUCUACAAUAGUCUAUGCUGGGGACAGACACGGUGAGAGCAGUGUCUGGUAUAACAUGAACUCAGUAUUUCCAGGAAGCAAUAUUCUUCAGUUAGCAUUGUCUGGUUUCGAAGCAGAGACCGCUGAACGUAUGACAGACGCCGAGGUUAUUGAAUCAAGUAUGACAGUUCUUAGGUCAAUGUAUCCGGCAGCUAAUAUUUCAGGACCGAUAAUGUUUAAAAAACCGAAUUGGCAGUUUGAUACCACCACAUUGGGAUCACACAGUUAUUGGACAACCGGGUUUACCUAUGAAGAUAUGGACUACCUUGGGAUGCCAGAGGGGCAUCUCCAUUUCGCUGGAGACUAUAUUAGCCAGACAAAUUACGGGUACGUACAUACUUCGUACAAUUCUGGAAAGAACACGGCGCUGGACCUUGCAGGAAGCGUAAAUCUCUAGAAACCGUAGGGAAUGUAAAAAUUGGAACAGAAAAAAUUACUUUAAUUCUUUUAGUUGAUAUAUUAGUUCAAAAUUUAUUUUUCCAGCAAAUUUUCAGAUGUUGUUUCUCAAAUUAUUUCUUUCAUCAUUGAAUAAAUCAGUGUUUAACCUUUACAUAAAGCAUUAGUUAUUAUGUGACACAUAUACAUGUAUUGUACUGUGACAUUUUUGUCUCCCUUUCCAACCGAAAAAAACAAAGGUGCCUGACCUUUGUAAAAAUUAAACAAAACAUGUCUCUUCAAACACGUCAAAUAUCUUCUGGUUGUUGUUUAGUUUUAAAGUUAUUAUGUUUAUGCAAUUGCUACUUUUCUUCCUCGAAAAUGCUCCCUUGAAUCUCCUUUUAUUCGGGUACACCCCAAUUUGACCAAGUGGUAUGCAGAAGUCGUAAAGUAUGAGUCGUCAUGUAAAUCUGAAUAAUUUGCUUUGAAACAAAAAUCUAUCUCUGCAGUUAUGAAAUUGUCUAAAAUUAUGAGAUGUAUAUAAUUACUAAUGAUGUAUAGACAAAUGUUACGCUAUUCAAAGGCUUUAAAAGUUUGCAGAAUGAAGUUUUUCAAGUGACAGUUCACAUAGAAUCUAAAUGAAUUUCAUAAAACCUGUGCACCAUUUUAAUGAGACAGUAUACAGAUAUUUCUAUAUUACCACCGUUUCCUGACUUUUCGAUAUCGUAGACACGGGGAAAAUCGCUCGAGUCAUGUAACAUUUUGUUUGAAAUUUCCUUGUUACUUGAUAGAUUUUAAUAAAAAGUGUCGAAGAAAAAGCUUUCCACUGCACAAAACCGUCUGUCAGAGAUAAUCAAUACUGUCUUCACACACUUCGCUCAAAUUUGCACGUUAU